AUGGAGGGAAGUGACAUUUACAAAGCUAGUAGCAGUUUAAGAGGAAGCAGUAGUGGUGGGAGAUUGUCGAGUUUAAGAGCUGCGAGUACUUCGUUAUGGAGACAUUCGGGUAUGGAUGUUUUCUCGAAAUCAUCUCGUGAUGAAGACGAUGAAGAAGCUCUCAAAUGGGCUUCUCUCGAAAAGUUGCCAACUUUUGAUCGUUUGAAGAAAGGUUUGCUUUUUGGAUCGACUGGACAAUCGUAUGAAGUUGAUGUCGAGAAUCUUGGUUUCGAAGAUAGAAAGCAAUUACUCGAUAGGCUUGUAACGGUUGCCGAUGAAGAUAACGAGAAGUUCUUGUUGAAACUCAGAAACCGAAUCGAUCGGGUUGGGAUUGAUUUGCCAACAAUUGAAGUCAAAUUUGAGCAUAUGACUGUGGAGGCAGAUAUUAACACUGGAAGUAGAGCUUUACCCAGCUUUAUAAACUUCCAUAUUGAUAUAUUUGAGGUGUUCUUGAACUUAUUCCAUCUCCUUCCGAAUUCAAAAAAGCAUAUAACGAUCCUUGAUGAUGUUAGCGGUGUCGUUAAGCCUAGCAGAAUGACUUUACUUUUAGAAACCUUGGCUUUUUCCGCUCGUUGUCAAGGAGUUGGAUCACGUUACGAGAUGUUGGCAGAGUUAUCAAGAAGAGAGAAAGAUGCAAACAUCAAACCUGAUCCCGAUAUCGAUGUUUUCAUGAAGGCUGCAGCAUCAGAAGGUCAAGAAGCAAGUGUAGUGACAGAUUAUACUCUAAAGUUAUUAGGGUUGGACAUUUGUGCCGAUACGAUGGUCGGAGAUCAAAUGAUUCGGGGGAUCUCUGGCGGCCAAAAGAAGCGUGUUACGACGGGUGAAAUGAUCGUUGGACCAUCGAAGGUUCUUCUUAUGGACGAGAUUUCUACCGGUUUGGAUAGUUCUACGACUUUCCAAAUCCGAAGCCACCCGGCUGCUCUUACGACCGAGAAGUAUGGUUUAAGCAAGAAAGAACUCUUGAAAGCCUGUACCGAUCGAGAAAUAUUGCUCAUGAGGAGAAAUUCGUUCGUUUACAUCUUCAAAUUGUCUCAACUGCUUAUCAUGUCGUUGGUCACCAUGACCGUGUUUCUAAGAAGCGAGAUGAGUAGGGAUACUCUUGAGGAUGGAGGGAUAUAUAUCGGAGCUCUAUACCUCGGUGUCGUUAUGAUCAUGUUUAACGGGAUGUCCGAGAUUUCAAUGACGAUUGCAAAGCUUCCGGUAUUCUACAAGCAACGAGACUUCUUGUUUUAUCCUUCGUGGGCGUAUGCUCUUCCAUCGUGGAUCGUCAAGAUUCCCGUUUCGUUUGCUGAAUCUGCCCUUUGGACGAUUCUCACUUACUACGUUGUAGGAUUUGAACCCAACGUAUCGAGAUUCUUUCGACAUUACUUUUUACUCCUCGUUGUUAAUCAAAUGUCUUCCGCUUUGUUUCGAUUCAUUGGGGCAAUGGGUAGGAACAUGAUCGUCGCAAACUCAUUUGGUUCAUUCGCGCUUCUUUUAGUCUUUGUGUUGGGUGGUUUUGUUCUAUCGAGAGACGAUGUAAAAAAAUGGUGGUUAUGGGGAUAUUGGUCAUCUCCGAUGAUGUACGCUAUGAAUGGGAUCAUGGUUAAUGAAUUUCUCGGGCCUCGGUGGAAAAAGCUUGAAGACGGUAUGGCAAUAGGAAAAACGAUAAUCACUUCUCGAGGAUUCUUCGCAGAAGAUUACUGGUAUUGGAUUGCAAUCGUGGCGACGUUCGGGUUUAUCUUUCUCUACAACUUCUGUUUUGGUUUGUCUCUCGCUAUUCUCGACCCUAUCGGGAAAUCCCGAUCAACUGUAUCAACACAGAACGAGAGUGACACGGGAGCCACCGAGUUAUCACCUACGGCAGGAUCUGCCGAUGGGAGCAACGGAACCAAGAAGAAAGGAAUGAUUCUUCCUUUCGAACCACAUUCCAUUACAUUCAACGAUGUCAAAUACUCGGUCGAUAUGCCGCAGGAAAUGAAAGAACAAGGGGUGAACGAAGAUAGAUUGUUGCUACUUAAGAGCGUGAGCGGUGCUUUUCGACCUGGGGUUCUAACCGCACUAAUGGGGGUGAGCGGUGCGGGCAAAACUACUCUGAUGGACGUGUUAGCAGGUCGGAAAACGGGUGGCUAUAUAGAGGGCGAUAUCAGGAUCUCGGGGUAUCCGAAGAAACAAGAAACCUUCGCUCGGAUUUCUGGUUAUUGUGAGCAAAACGACAUCCACUCGCCUCAUGUGACGGUUUAUGAGUCUUUGCUCUACUCGGCUUGGCUAAGGUUGUCAACAGAUGAAGGAACCCGAAAGAUGUUUGUCGAGGAGGUGAUGGAACUUGUCGAGUUGAACCUGUUGAGGACUGCACUAGUCGGGUUGCCCGGUAUCAAUGGGCUAUCAACCGAACAAAGAAAGCGGUUAACCAUAGCGGUCGAGCUUGUGGCCAAUCCGUCUAUAAUAUUUAUGGACGAACCAACCUCAGGACUAGACGCUAGAGCCGCUGCUAUCGUGAUGAGAACCGUUAGGAACACGGUGGACACCGGAAGAACCGUUGUGUGCACCAUUCAUCAACCUAGCAUCGAUAUAUUUGAAGCUUUCGAUGAGCUAUUCUUGUUGAAAAGAGGAGGACAAGAAAUAUAUGUUGGACCCGUAGGUCGCCAUUCCUGUGAUCUCAUAAAAUAUUUCGAGGAUAUCAAUGGCGUAAGUAAGGUUAAAGACGGACAUAACCCCGCGACAUGGAUGUUGGAAGUCAGUACUUCAUCUCAAGAAGUGGCUCUCGGAGUCGAUUUCUCGGAAAUCUACAGGAAUUCCGAGCUUUUUAGGAGAAACAAGGCCCUUAUCGUGGAACUAAGCGUACCAGGUCCCGGUACGAAAGAUCUCUACUUCCCAACUCAGUACUCCCAACCUUUCGUCGUCCAGUGUCUCGCUUGUCUAUGGAAACAACGAUGGUCCUACUGGCGGAACCCUCCUUACACCGCCGUUCGUUUUGCUUUCACCACUUUUAUCGGCAUCAUGUUUGGUACUAUGUUUUGGGAUCUCGGUGGAAAGCGGAAAACACAACAAGAACUAAUGAACGCAAUGGGUUCUAUUUAUGCCGCGGCUCUCUUCCUUGGAGUCCAAAACGCAUCAACGGUGCAGCCGGUCAUAGACGUUGAGCGCACUGUCUUUUACAGAGAACGAGCUGCCGGAAUGUAUUCCGCUUUACCAUACGCCAUGGCUCAGGUUCUUGUGGAGAUACCUUACAUUUUUGCGCAAACUAUGGUUUACUGUCUCAUAGUAUACGCCAUGAUCGGGUUCGAAUGGACCGCCGCUAAAUUCUUUUGGUACACCUUCUUCCAAUUCUGUUGUUUACUCUACAUGACGUUCUAUGGCAUGAUGACCGUCGCCAUCACCCCCAACGUCAACGUUGCGCUCAUUGUCGCAGCUGCAUUUUACGGAUUCUUCAAUCUGUUCUCCGGAUUCAUCAUCCCACGACCCAGAAUUCCAGUGUGGUGGAGAUGGUACUUCUGGUGUAAUCCAAUUGCAUGGACCAUCUACGGCAUGGUCGUGUCGCAAUUUGGCGACUAUGACGAUGACCUACUGACCAACGGCGAGACCGUGAAAGCGUAUCUGGAUCGAUACUUUGGCUACAAACAUGAUUUUCUCGGUGCAAUCGCGGGAGUCCACAUCGGGUUAGUUCUGUUUUUCGGGUUUGUAUUUGCUUACUGCAUCAAAUCCUUCAAUUUCCAAAAGAGAUGAGACCAAACCCACAUGUUUUAAACAUCAAAUUGUGUUAAAAGAUUCUUAUAACAUCCCAAAUUGAUGAAAAAAAUUUGGU